AAAAAAAAAAAAAAAAAAACCCACAUUUUGAUAUAAAAUGUUGUUGAAUAUGGAACAGAAAAAUAGAAGUUUUAGAAUUACUGAAUGCAGAUUACAGCUGAUCGGCUCAAGAAAUAGGACAAGAAUGUUCUCAAACUUCCAGCUUCUUUCGUAAAAGGAUAAAUCCAACUCUUCUGUGUUUUAAUGCAUAUUUUAAGGGGUUCUUUUCUUAUAAAUAGCCCUUCUUCUCUCACCCAACGACUCUUUUUUUUUUUACUUUUUCAUUUUUCUUUAUACCUUUAGUGUAUGCUCUUAUAAUCAUGUCACUCGCCAUCAUCAAUACCAACACCUACGCUGAGAACAUCAACAUGGAAAACCACCAAGCAUUAGACGCUCAUCGCAGACAAAUUAUCAAGAGAAAAGUCCUGGCUAUCGGAAAAAUGUCAAGAUCAUAUACCGUCUUGAAAGAACAUCCUGAACUCGUCAAGCAAUUAAAAUCUUUUUCCGUCAAUGGUAAAUUACCUGUUGGCACUUUAGCUACCGGUGAACAAGGUAUCCGAGAAGCCAUCAUUGCUAGUGCUAAAACAGACUUCAAGUUAAAGGAACAAAAGGACCUUUCUUCAUACCACGUCGCUGCCUCUCCAAAUUAUAAAGUCGCCUCAAGAGAAGGACACGCUUAGAUUGCUUUUUUUUUUUUUUAAUUAUUCAAAAAAAGUUAUUCAUUGUAUAUAUCUUUACCCUUCUUCUUAUCCCCCCCCAAACAUUUACAAUCAAUAAAAAAAAAUAACAUCAUGUUGUUUAUAUAUAUAAAUGGA